AAAACAAAAAAAUGUUAUAAUUGUUGUGCGUUUGCGCUGCAGCUCGACCUCAAAAAUCCCAUUUCUCCUCUUUCUUCCUCUCUUCUCUAUCUCUCUUAUAUUUCUUCGACAAAAUUUGUCCAAUUAAACUUUCGCUUCUUUUUUGUCUCAAACAUUUCAGAUUUACAGUGGGAGAAGCUUAAAGAGGAUAGAGGGGAGGGGUUUUAGGUUAGGUUAUGGCUGCAAACGUGAGUGAGGACUCUGUUGGUGGAAGGUCAUUGGAGGAAUUAUCAACUGUGCAACGCAGCCAAUCAAGUGAUGAAAUGGUUGAAUGGCGCUCUCCGGACCAGGUUGAGAAUGGAGUCCCCUCGACUUCACCUCCGUAUUGGGAUGCUGAUGAUAGUGAUGAUGAUGGAGGGCCAAAGCCUAAAGAGCUGUUUGGUAAGUACACAUGGAGGAUUGAUAAGUUUUCAACGAUUAACAAGAGAGAGCUUCGCAGUAAUGCAUUUGAAGUUGGCGGCUACAAAUGGUACAUCUUGAUAUAUCCUCAGGGCUGUGAUGUCUGUAACCAUCUCUCCUUGUUUCUUUGUGUUGCUAACCAUGAUAAGCUUCUUCCAGGAUGGAGUCACUUUGCUCAAUUCACUAUCGCUGUUGUGAAUAAAGAUGCAAAAAAGUCGAAAUAUUCUGAUACGUUACAUCGUUUCUGGAAAAAAGAGCAUGAUUGGGGGUGGAAAAAGUUUAUGGAGCUAUCUAAAGUGUCAGAUGGUUUUGUGGAUGCAGACGACGUACUUACCAUUAAGGCUCAAGUUCAAGUGAUCAGGGAGAAGGCAGAUCGGCCAUUUCGCUGUCUGGACUGUGCGUAUAGAAGAGAACUUGUUCGAGUGUACCUAACCAACGUUGAGCAGAUCUGCCGGCGUUUUGUUGAAGAGAGAAGAGGAAAGCUCGGAAAGCUGAUAGAGGACAAAGCUAGGUGGUCAAGUUUUUGUGCAUUUUGGCUAGGAAUGGAUCAGAAUACGAGACGUCGCAUGUCAAGGGAGAAGAAAGAGAUGAUACUAAAAGUUGUUGUGAAGCAUUUUUUUAUAGAGAAGGAGGUCACAUCUACUUUAGUUAUGGACUCAUUGUACAGUGGGCUGAAAGCUCUUGAAGGUCAAAGCAAAGGCAAAAAAGGAACGGAAAAGUUACUAGAGGGUGAAGAUACACCUGCUCCUAUUGUUCGAGUGGAGAAGGAUGUGUUUGUUUUGGUAGAUGAUGUCUUAUUACUACUUGAGAGGGCUGCCAUGGAACCAUUGCCUCCAAAGGAUGACAAGGGUCCUCAGAACCGCACCAAGGAUGGAGGUAGUGGAGAGGAUCCCAACAAAGACUCGAUUGAGCGUGAUGAGAGGCGUUUGACGGAACUAGGCCGAAGGACGGUGGAAAUUUUUGUGCUUGCUCAUAUUUUCAGCAAUAAAAUUGAAGUGGCCUACCAGGAAGCUGUCGCUUUAAAGAGACAAGAGGAACUCAUUCGUGAAGAGGAGGCUGCGUGGCUGGCUGAGAGUGAGAAGGCCAAGCGAGGUGCUGGAGAUAAGGACAAAAAAUCAAAGAAAAAACAGGGCAAGCAAAAGCGGAACAAUCGUAAGGGAAAAGACAAAAUGAAGGAUGACAAACCUGUCGUCGCAGUGCAAGACAAACAACUGUAUGAAAAUCUAACUGCUGGAAAGAAAGACCCGCUGGAGUCUGAAACUAUGGCUGACAAAGAUGAUGCACUUGAAGAUGUAUCUGAUGUGUCUGAUUCCGUGGAAUGUGCUGCAGAUAUGCUACAGCCUGAUUUAGAAGACAGAGUUGUGAGUCCUGUUAACUGGGAUACAGAUACACCAGAGAUUCACCCCCCUGCUGAAGCCAGUGGUAGUGAAAUUAGCAGUAUAUCAACUGUACAAAAUGGAAUGGUAGAUAAGAGGAGCUCGUAUAUUAUGGAUGAUAGCUCCUCCACAUGCUCUACAGAUUCUGCCCCUUCCAUAGUUAUGAAUGGAUCAUGCAGAACAAUUCAUUUUACAGACUACAAAAGUCUAAAAUCACCAUCAAGAGGAAAGAAUCAGCGAGGUAAGGGGACAUCUGAGGAAUAUGGUGGUGCAAAUGAGGCAGAUAGUCGGCCAUGUGAACCUGCUGAAGUUGGUUUCCAGAAUGAUGCUUCUCCUAGUCGCAAAGCAGUUGAGUCCGAGGGUGCUGUCACUUCCUUGCAGGAUAGGACAAAGUGGCCGGAGUUGAAUGCUGUAAAGAAACAGGAAGAGGAGGUUGUGUUGCUGCAGAGAAAGCCAAGCAAGAAGGACAAUAGGGACCAUGUUGAUAUAGUACUAUCUCAGGAAAAAGUGGCAGUGGCACCACACCCAUCUAAGAGCCCUCCUAGAAAUUCAACCCCACCACUUGCCGUUCCAGCAAAUCAUAACGUGAAAAGCACUAAUACUGAUCUGGUUCCAUCAAAGAAAACGUCUUUAAACCGGCAACAACAAACUGACAAGGCAACAUCAAGUGCAUCAUCCUAUACAGCUACUGCAUCUAAACCCGAUUCCAUAAGGGCCACUGUUCUGAAACCAUCAGAGAAGCUUACUGGACAGCAGACCGCAGGAUUAUCAAGGCCGUCAAGUGCUCCUCUUAUUCCUGGGUCUCUUCCUGCUGCGCCGGCUGUUUCCAUGGUGCAGGCAGCAGCCUCAAACGCUCCUUCAUUGUCGCGUUCUAGUAGUGCUGCUGGUCGCUUGGGUCCGGACCCUUCCUCUGCAGCAGCCCAUCCUUAUAUUCCGCAGUCCUAUAGGAAUGCCAUUAUAGGUAAUAAUUCGUAUAGUGCAAGUGCUGCUGGUUUGACGUAUCCCUGUCAGCCAAGUAGUGCAAUGGUAAACACACCAACAUCAUUUGCACAACAGCCCGCUUUGGUGCCCAAUUCUGUAUAUCUCUCUCCGGCAUCUGAAAGGAUGGAACCCAACGGUGUCAGUUCAGGCAUGUCAUAUAAUGCAGCUCCUCAGGAUGAGGCUCGAAGUCAACCAUGGAUGGAGAGCCCCCAGAGAGAUGUUAAUAGAAGAUUGAUGUAUGAUUCUCAAUCCAUGCAUAAUGAUAUUCCAAACUUUGAUCUGUAUCGACCCAUGAACAGUGUACAUCAUGAACUCUUUCCAUCGGGGUUGUUAGCCGGUACUUCCGGUCGUCAAGUCCAGAGUGCGCUGGCUGAUGAAUUUCCCCACCUUGACAUUAUCAAUGAUCUACUUGAUGAUGAGCAGGUCAUUGGGAGGGCUUCUCAUGGGAACAUGGUUUAUCAGGGUCUUGGAAGUGGUCCCACUCUUUUCAGUCGGCAGUUGAGUUACCCUACUGAUAUUAACCAAUUGAAUGAAGCGGGCUCUCUGGGAAGUUCUUGUAGGUUUGACAGAUCAAGGAGUUACCCUGAUGAUAGCUUCCAGCAAGAUUAUGGUGCUAGCAGUCCUUAUGAUUCAGUCAGAGAGUUUAUCCCCCAAGGUAAUCCUAUGCCUUACAUGAAUAAUGGGCAGGUUGAUAGUUUAGUGCCGAAUCAGUGGCAGUUGUUGGGUCCUGAUCUGUCAUUGCUGGGCAUGAGGAGUUCUGGGGUGGAUGGUUACUCGUACAAUAUUCCAGACUACUCAAAUAUUGCUUGUGGCGUAAAUAGUUAUGCUAUGUUCCGGCCUUCAAAUGGACAUUGAGAAGCCAUUUUAUCUAAAAUAUGUAAUAAGUAUUGAAGGGAAUCUGGUCUUGGAAUUGGGUGAUUGUAAUCUGUCUCAUGAGAAACAACAUUCUGUAAAGAGCGAUGCUGGCUUAUUUGCUUUCAGUUUUUUAGUUGAUACACAUGAGGCUUCCUUUCUUUUGUCUCUGGGCAUUCUUUAUGGGGUCCAAUCUGCAAUCCUUGUUUUUUGCUUUGUCAGCACAGCAAGUGCUAUUAGCCUUGUUUUUUAAAGCUUUAGUUCCGAAAUUCUCUCCCCUUGCUAAGAAAACAAGGUGCGUUCUAACUUGUCUUUCUCUCGAGCUUGUUGUAACUUGUAAUGCACAAGGACCUCCGAUAGAUCAAUUGUGUGUAUCCCUAUUGAUCCUUUGGUCCGACAGGUAAUAUUAUGUUAUAUUAUAAUUAUGUUUAUAAAUUUAUUAUAAACGGUAAUAAAAUCGAUAUGUUUAUUUUA